AUGUACAAUAUAUAUGACAGACUAGAAACAAAAGAUAAAGAGAUAUUUACAAUAUUAUAUAUUGGUCAAAUACCGCAAUGGGGUCUAGAUACUAUAGCAUACGGAGUCGAAUGGGAUGAUCCAAGCAAGGGUAAAAAUAAUGGAGAAUUGAAUAAUGUUAAAUAUUUCGAACCAAAGGUAUUUAAUGCUGGAUCUUUCAUCAAGUCUACAAACUCUAAGAUUUCACAUGGUAGAAAACUGUUUACUGAGGUAAUCAAAGACAACUAUUUGAGUGUUGAAUAUGAAGAGCAAAACUUGAAGAUUGGGACUAAAGAAGUUGAAGAAGUUGGAUUAGACAAAAUCAACUUUAACACUUUUGAAAGUUUAACAUUAGAUCAUGAUCAAAUUUAUAAAGCUGGUGAUGACAUUGAUCAAUUUCAAGAAACAUUUGAAAAAAUGAAAUACUUAGAUUUAUCUUCAAAUUUAUUCACUGAUGUACAUGAGGUUUUCAAGAUUCUUAAUAUUUUUCCUAAUUUGGAACAUUUGGAUCUCAAUCAUAAUAGAUUCAAUCAAGGACUUAAUGACAGUACGAAAUUUAAUUCAAUUGUGAGCUUAAAGCUUGGAUCUACUUUUUUAUCUAUCCAACAGAUCAAUCGACUAAUUCUUAGCUUCCCAAGUUUACAAACACUCAAUUUGUUAGGGAAUUGUUUUAGAGAUGAAGACAUCACUAAAUUAGAAACUCAACAUUUGUCAUUGUUAGACUUUUCCUACAAUCAAUUGACUUCAAUCCCGGUUUUGAAUCUAUCUGCAUUGAACUUAUCACAUAAUCAAAUCGCUGAAGUUAAUCCCCAAUCAAUCAUACUAUAUAAUGCACUUGAUUUAAGAAAUAAUAAAUUAAGUAGUUGGGAGGAGAUAGAUAAUCUAAGUACAACCACGCCAAAUUUGGAAGAGCUAAGGAUAAAUCAUAAUCCUGUAUUUGACAAUAUGUCAAUUGAUGAUAUGACAAUGGAAUUAAUUGGUAGAUUUAAUGGUCUUACAAAAUUGAAUGGUGCCGUUUUAUCAAAAAAUGAAAUUGAAGAUGCUGAAUUAUAUUUUAUUUCAAAAGUUCAAUCCAACUCAAUUAAAAUCAGGAAUCAAAAAAGAUGGAAUCAGUUGCUUCUGAAGUAUAAUAAAAUUGAAGAAGUUCAUGUUUCCCCAAGCAGCAAACCUUGGAUCAAUUUGCAAAUCAAAUAUCUAAAUGAAGAUGUAUCAAUCUUCUCAUCAAUGUUUUUAAAGUCAACAUCCAUUCAAAGGUUCAAAGGUUUGAUCUCAAAGAAGUUGCAAGAUUUAUCAAUACUUCAAUUCAAAAUUUUCUACUACAUAAACGAAGGUACAAGUUAUGCAAAGCAAUUUGAGAUAGAAAAUUAUCUCGGGACAUUAGAUGAUUAUUCAUUACAUGAUAAUCAAAACAUCUAUAUAUCAUUAACUUAA